CGGAGUUCCCGGCGCUGCGCUGCUCUGCGGCUGGGCAGGCCAGGCUGAGGCUGGGCCGGGACAAGUCGCGGUUGCCUUCUGGGCGCGGUCAGAGGCCGAGGGCUGGGCCUGCAGCAGAGGCAGCCUGAGAGCAGCAACCUUCCAGGCUCGCCCCGCAGUCCCCGCCACACCAUGGCCAGUGGCGGCUCGCAGAGCUGCGAGGAGGAAGAGGAGGAGGAGGCUCUGAAGAAGUUGAUAGUCAGGCUGAAUAAUGUUCAGGAAGGCAAGCAGAUGGACACGUUACUCCAGCUCCUGGAGGACAUGCUGGUGUUCACCUACUCCGACAGAGCCUCCAAGUUGUUUGAAGGUAAAAAUUUCCACGUGCCUCUGUUGAUCGUCCUGGACUCCUACAUGAGAGUCGCCAGCGUGCAGCAGGUAGGAUGGUCACUUCUGUGCAAAUUAAUAGAAGUCUGUCCAGGGACCCUGCCAAGCUUGAUAGGACCCCAGGAUAUUGGAAAUGAUUGGGAAGUCCUUGGUAUUCAUCGACUGAUUCUUAAAAUGUUAACUGUUCACCAAGCCAAUGUCAACCUGUCAACAGUAGGACUAAAAGCCUUAGAUCUCCUCCUCGAUUCAGGUAAAAUCACUUUGCUAAUACUGGAUGAAGAAUGCGAUGUUUUCUUGCUGAUUUUUGAUGCCAUGCACAAAUAUUCAACCAAUGAUGAAGUUCAGAAACUUGGAUGCAAGACUUUACAUGUGCUGUUUGAGAGAGUGUCAGAGGAACAGCUGAUUGAGUUUGUUGAGAACAAAGAUUACAUGAUACUGUUGAGCACACUCAGCAGCUUCAAAGGGGACAAGGAAAUUGUGUUUCAUGUGCUCUGCUGCCUUCAUUCCCUGGCGGUUCCUUGCAGCAAUGUUGAAGUUCUCAUGAGUGGGAAUGUCAGGUGUUACAAUAUUGUGGUAGAAGCCAUGAAAGCAUUCCCUGCCGAUGAGAAAAUUCAAGAAGUGAGCUGCUCCUUGCUCCAUAGGCUAACACUAGGUAAUUUCUUCAACAUCUUGGUGUUGAACGAAGUACAUGUCUUUGUGGUGAGAGCUGUCCAGCAGUAUCCAGAGAAUGCAGCCUUACAGAUCUCUGCCCUCAGCUGCUUAGCGCUCCUCACUGAGACCAUUUUCUUAAACCAAGACUUGGAGGAAAGAAGUGAGCCUCAGGAAAGCAACGAUGAGGAGGACCCUGAGAAGCUGUUCUGGUUGGAACCCUGCUACAAAGCCCUGACACACCAUAGAAAGAACAAGCAUGUGCAGGAAGCCGCGUGCUGGGCACUAAAUAAUCUCCUUAUGUACCAGAACAGUUUGCACGAGAAGAUUGGAGACGAAGAUGGCCAGUUCCCUGCACACAGGGAAGUGAUGCUGUCCAUGCUGAUGCAUUCUUCCUCCAAAGAUGUCUUCCAAGCAGCUGCGCAUGCACUGUCCACGCUCCUGGAACAAAAUGUUAAUUUCAGGAGAAUCCUGCUGGCAAAAGGAGUAUACCUGAAUGUCUUAGAGUUGAUGCAGAAGCACUCCCUUGUUCCCGAGGUAGCAGAGAGUGGCUGCAAGAUGCUGAGUCACCUGUUUGAAGGAAGUCACACUUCCCUGGACACAAUGGCCGCAGUGGUCCCUAGAAUAAUAGCAGUGAUGAAAACCCACGAGACUUCUCUGCCAGUGCAGCUGGAGGCACUGCGAGCCAUUUUGCAUUUUGUAGUUCCAGGAAUACCAGAAGAAUCCAGGGAUGACUCUCAAUGCAAACUCAACAUGCUCCAGAAACAGUAUCUCAGGACUGACAUCCACAAGCUAGUUCUAGCAGCUCUGAAUAGGUUCAUUGGGAAUCCUGGGGUUCAGAAAUGUGGACUGAAAGUAUUAUCUUCUCUGACACAUCUUCCUGACGCCUUAGAGAUGUUGUCCUUGCAUGGCGCAGUUGACUCCGUGCUUCAUGCCCUGCAGAUGUAUCCAGAUGACCAAGAAAUUCAAUGCCUGGGCUUACACCUUACAGGAUGCUUGAUUACAAAGAAGAAUUUCUGCAUACGGACAGGGCACCUCCUGGCAAAAAUUCUGGUGUCCAGUUUACAGCGCUUUCAAGAUGUUCCUGAAGUGCAAACUACGGGAUUGCAGACAAUCUUGGCAAUCCUUGAACUGUCAGCGUCUUUCUCCAAGCUUCUGGUGCACUACUCAUUUGAUUUGGUAAUAUUCCAUCAGAUGUCCUCCAGCGUGAUGGAGCAAAAAGAUGAGCAGUUUCUCAAUCUGUGUUGCAAAUGUUUUGCAAAGCUAGCUGUGGAUGAUGAGCUGAAAAGCACAAUGCUAGAGAGAGCCUGUGACCAGAAUAACGGCAUCAUGGUGGAGUGUUUGCUUCUGUUGGGAGCUGAUGCCAACCAAUCAAAGGGGGCAACGUCUCUUAUUUAUCAGGUAUGUGAGAAAGAGAACAGUCCAAAAUUGGUGGAACUGUUGCUUAACGGUGGAUGCCGUGAACAGGAUGUACGAAAAGCACUGACGAUAAGCAUCCAAAAGGGCGACAGCCAGGUCAUCAGCUUACUCCUAAGGAGGCUUGCCCUGGACCUGGCCAACAACAGUAUUUGCCUUGGAGGAUUUUGUAUAAGGAAAAUUGAUCCUUCUUGGCUUGGUCCUUUAUUUCCAGAUAAGUCAUCUAAUUUAAGGAAACAAACAAACACAGGAUCUGUCCUAGCAAGAAAAGUGCUCCGAUAUCAGAUGAAAAACACUCUGCAAGAAGGAGCAACUUCAGGCAGUGAUGGCAACUUUUCCGAAGAUGCCCUGGCGAAAUUUGGUGAAUGGACCUUCAUUCCUGACUCUUCCAUGGACAGCGUGUUUGGCCACAGUGAUGAUUUGGAUAGUGAAGGCAGUGAGAACUCAGUCCUCGUGAAAAAGAAGUCGAAUUCGAUUAGUGUAGGAGAAUUUUACAGAGAUCCGGCUUUGCAGCGUUGCUCAGCAAAUUCCCAGAGGCAUUCCAGUUCCUUGGGUCCCAUUUUGGAUCAUGAAGAUUUACUGAGAAGAAAAAGAAAAAUACUGUCUUCAGAUGAGUGUCUCAGGCCAUCGAAGCUUCAGCCUCACAUGAGACAUUCAGAUAGUUCUUCUUCCCUGGCCUCUGAGAGAGAAUACAUCACAUCCUUAGACCUUUCUGCCAACGAACUGAAAGAUAUUGAUGCCCUGAGCCAGAAGUGCUGUCUCAGUGGCCACCUGGAGCAUCUUACCAAGCUGGAACUUCACCAGAAUGCACUCACUGGCUUCCCUCAGCAGCUGUGUGAGACUCUGAAGUGCUUGACGCAUUUGGAUUUGCACAGCAACAAGUUCACAUCCUUCCCCUCCUUCUUGUUGAAAAUGGCAUGCAUCACCAACCUCGAUGCCUCUCGAAAUGACAUUGGACCCACAGUAGUUUUAGACCCCUUGGUGAAGUGUCCCAGCCUCAAACACUUUAACCUGUCCUACAACCAGCUCUCUUCCAUCCCAGAGAACCUUGCCCAAGUGCUGGAGAAACUGGAACAGCUCCUAUUGGAAGGAAACAAAAUAUCUGGGAUUUGUUCUCCUUUGAGCCUGAAGGAAUUGAAGAUUUUAAAUCUUAGUAAAAACCAUAUUCCAUCCCUACCUGAAGACUUUCUUGAGGCUUGUCCAAAAGUGGAGACUUUUAGUGCCCAGAUGAAUUCUCUUGCUGCGAUGCCUGCCUUACCUUUUUCCAUAACGAGUCUAAAAUUAUCUCAAAACAGCUUCAUGUGCAUUCCAGAAGCGAUUCUCAUUCUUCCACACUUGCGGUCCUUGGACAUGAGCCACAACAGCAUUGAGCAUCUGCCGGGGCCUGCACACUGGACAUCUCUGAACUUAAGGGAACUCUUCUUUAGCCAUAAUCAGAUCACCAUCUUGGACCUGAGUGAAAAGCCACACGUGUGGUCAAGAUUAGAGAAACUGCAUCUCUCUCAUAAUAAACUGAAAGAGAUUCCUCCUGAAAUUGGCUGUCUUGAAAACCUGACAUCUCUUGAUGUCAGUUACAACGUGGAACUGAGGUCCUUUCCGAAUGAAAUGGGGAAAUUAAGCAAAAUAUGGGAUCUUCCUUUGGAUGGACUGCAUCUGAAUUUUGACUUUAAGCACAUAGGAUGCAAAGCCAAAGACAUCAUAAGGUUUCUCCAACAACGGCUGAAAAAGGCAGUGCCCUACAACCGAAUGAAGCUUAUGAUUGUGGGAAAUACUGGCAGCGGGAAGACCACGCUGCUGCAGCAGCUCAUGAAAAUGAAGAAGUCAGAUCUUGGCAUGCAGAGUGCCACAGUUGGCAUAGACGUCAGAGACUGGCCUAUCCAAAUACGAGGGAAAAGGAAAAAGGACCUUGUUCUAAAUGUGUGGGACUUUGCAGGUCGUGAGGAAUUCUACAGCACGCACCCCCACUUCAUGACCCAGCGAGCUCUGUACCUUGCUGUGUAUGACCUCAGCAAGGGGCAGGCAGAGGUGGACGCCAUGAAGCCCUGGCUCUUCAACGUCAAGGCCCGUGCCUCUUCUUCUCCCGUGAUUCUGGUGGGCACACAUUUGGAUGUUUCUGAUGAGAAGCAGCGCAAAGCCUGCAUAAGCAAAAUCACCAAGGAACUCCUAAACAAGCGAGGAUUCCCCACCAUCCGGGACUACCACUUCGUAAAUGCCACCGAGGAGUCGGAUGCGCUGGCAAAGCUUCGGAAAACCAUCAUAAAUGAGAGCUUGAAUUUCAAGAUCCGAGAUCAGCCUGUGGUUGGGCAGCUGAUUCCAGAUUGCUACGUAGAACUGGAGAAAAUCAUCCUGUCAGAGCGCAAGGCUGUGCCAGUGGAGUUUCCUGUCAUUAACCGGAAGCGUCUCUUACAACUUGUGAGAGAACACCAGCUGCAGCUGGAUGAGAACGAGCUCCCGCACGCCGUUCAUUUCCUAAACGAGUCAGGAGUCCUUCUGCAUUUUCAAGACCCUGCACUGCAGCUAAGCGACCUGUAUUUUGUGGAACCCAAGUGGCUUUGUAAAGUCAUGGCGCAGAUUCUGACAGUGAAAGUGGAGGGCUGUCUGAAAUAUCCAAAGGGCAUCAUUUCACGGAGAGACGUAGAAAAAUUCCUUUCAAAGAAAAAGCGAUUCCCAAAAAACUACAUGACACAGUACUUCAAACUGCUAGAAAAAUUCCAGAUUGCUUUGCCAACAGGAGAAGAGUAUCUGCUGGUUCCAAGCAGCUUGUCUGACCACAGGCCUGUGAUAGAGCUCCCCCACUGUGAGAACUCUGAGAUCAUCAUUCGGUUAUAUGAAAUGCCAUACUUUCCAAUGGGGUUUUGGUCAAGGUUGAUUAAUCGGUUACUUGAAAUCUCACCUUUCAUGCUUUCUGGAAGAGAGAGAGCACUACGCCCAAACAGAACGUAUUGGCGACAGGGCAUCUACCUGAAUUGGUCCCCAGAAGCAUAUUGUCUGGUGGGAUCCGAAGUGCUGGACGAUCGACCAGAGAGUUUCUUGAAAAUUACAGUUCCUUCUUGUAGAAAAGGUUGUAUUCUCUUGGGCCAAGUUGUGGAUCACAUUGACUCACUCAUGGAAGAAUGGUUUCCUGGGCUGCUGGAGAUUGACAUUUGUGGGGAAGGAGAAACUCUUCUGAAGAAAUGGGCGUUGUACAGUUUUAACGAUGGCGAAGAUCAUCAGAAGAUUCUGCUUGAUGAGUUAAUGAAGAAAGCAGAAGAAGGAGACCUGCUAAUCAAUCCAGAUCAACCAAGGCUCACUGUUCCCAUAUCGCAGAUUGCUCCUGACUUGAUUUUAGCUGACCUGCCUAGAAAUAUUAUGUUGAACAAUGAUGAGCUGGAAUUUGAAGAAGCACCGGAGUUUCUCUUAGGUGAUGGAAGUUUUGGAUCAGUUUAUCGAGCUGCCUACGAAGGAGAGGAAGUGGCUGUGAAGAUUUUUAAUAAACAUACAUCACUUAGGCUGUUAAGACAAGAGUUGGUGGUCCUUUGCCACCUCCACCACCCAAGCCUGAUAUCUUUGCUGGCAGCUGGGAUUCGUCCGCGGAUGUUGGUGAUGGAAUUGGCCUCCAAGGGUUCCUUGGAUCGCUUGCUGCAGCAGGACAAAGGCAGCCUCACCAGAACCCUCCAGCACAGGAUUGCCUUGCACGUGGCCGAUGGCCUGAGAUAUCUCCACUCAGCCAUGAUCAUUUAUCGUGAUCUGAAACCCCACAAUGUGUUGCUUUUCACCCUCUAUCCCAACGCUGCCAUCAUUGCCAAGAUUGCCGACUACGGGAUUGCACAGUACUGCUGUAGAAUGGGAAUAAAGACCUCAGAGGGCACCCCGGGGUUCCGGGCACCUGAAGUUGCCAGAGGAAAUGUCAUUUAUAACCAACAGGCUGAUGUUUAUUCGUUCGGCUUACUGCUUUACGAUAUUUGGACAACUGGGGGUAGAAUCAUAGAGGGCUUGAGGUUUCCGAAUGAGUUUGAUGAAUUAGCAAUACAAGGGAAAUUGCCAGAUCCAGUUAAAGAAUAUGGCUGUGCUCCAUGGCCUAUGGUUGAGAAGUUGAUUAAAAAGUGUUUGAAAGAAAAUCCUCAAGAAAGGCCCACUUCUGCCCAGGUCUUUGACAUUUUGAAUUCACCUGAAUUAAUUUGUCUCAUGUGGCACAUUUUAAUACCGAAGAACAUUGUUGUUGAAUGCAUGGUUGCUACAAAUCCCAAUAGCAAGAGUGCGACUCUCUGGUUGGGCUGUGGGAACACUGAAAAGGGGCAGCUCUCCUUCUUUGACUUAAACACGGAAAGAUACAGCUAUGAGGAAGUUACUGAUAGUAGAAUAUUGUGUCUGGCUUUGGUGCAUCUCCCGGCUGAGAAAGAGAGCUGGGUUGUGUGCGGCACACAGUCUGGGGAUCUCCUGGUCAUCAAUGCUGAAGACGAGACAAAGAGGCACACUCUUGAAAAGAUGACCGACUCUGUUACUUGCUUGUAUUGCAAUUCCUUCGCCAAGCAGAGCAAGCAAAGUAAUUUUCUUUUGGUGGGAACCGCUGACGGUAAUCUAGUGAUAUUUGAAGAUAACACCAUUAAGUGUAAAGGAGCUGCCCCCUUGAAGACACUACGCAUAGGCGAUGUCAGUACGCCCCUGAUGUGCUUGAGUGUGUCCGUGAACUCAUCUGAAAGGCACAUCACCUGGGGAGGGUGUGGCACAAAGAUCUUCUCAUUUUCCAGUGAUUUCACCAUUCAGAAACUCAUAGAGACAAGAACCAACCAGCUCUUUUCUUACGCAGCGUUCAGCGAUUCUAACAUCAUAGCGGUGGCAGUAGACGCGGCUCUCUUUAUUGCCAAGAAGAACAGCCCCAUGGUGGAGGUGUGGGACAAGAAAACGGAGAAGCUCUGUGAAUUGAUUGACUGUGUGCACUUCUUAAAGGAGGUGAUGGUCAAAGUGAACAAGGAGUCAAAACACAAGCUGUCCUACUCGGGGAGGGUGAAAGCGCUCUGCCUGCAGAAGAACACGGCUCUCUGGAUAGGAACUGGAGGAGGCCACAUUUUGCUCCUGGACCUCUCCACCCGACGAGUGAUACGCACCAUUCACAACUUCUGUGACUCUGUGAGAGCCAUGUCCAUGGCACAGCUAGGAAGCCUUAAAAAUGUCAUGCUGGUUUUGGGGUACAAAAGGAAGAAUACAGAAGGUGCCCAAGAACAAAAAGAAAUACAGUCUUGCUUGUCUAUUUGGGACAUCAAUCUUCCACACGAAGUACAAAAUUUAGAAAAACACAUUGAAGUGAGAAGAGAAUUAGCUGAGAAAAUGAGAAGAAUAUCCGUUGACUAGGAGGAUACAGACAUCCCUGCCAUGGGAUUGGAAAAUGGACUUCUUGAUUUUAAAAUACGUUUUUAAAUGUUUACAUUAAAAAGUAUAUUCUAUUCUUUGAAAAACUCAUAUGUAUAUGAAGGAAUGUGUAUCUUUUAUGCUUAAUUUAAUAUAUGUAAAAUAGUUAUCAGCAAAUGUGUUUUAAAGAACUAUUUAAUUUAGUACUAUAUUUUCUAUAUGCUUUAACUAAUUUGAUGGGAUAAUCAACAGAAAUCUACAAAGCAUUUAAUUUCAGUAUUUAUACUAAAAUUUAUAUGGCAGCCAUGUUUGUUUUGCUAUGCAAUAUGAAGAUAAAUCUAUUUUAAAUUGUUGCUUAAGAUGUGGAUGUUGCUUGUUUACUAUCUAUGGAUUCUGUAGAGUAGAAUAAAAAAUAUCUGGGCAGCUUCCCAUGUAAUAGAUUCUUUCAUAUCUUGUUUUUAAGUGCAUUCUCAUCUUAAUUGUAAAUUGCCAGAUUUUUCAAUAAUAAAAGAUUUUUGCUAGGUCAAGAAUGAUAUUGGGUGCUGAUGCAAAGUUCAUCUAAUACAAUUUCAUCUAAAAGUGAAUUCCACUAAAAAUGUCAGGAAUAUGCAGCACAGUUUGUGAGCAAAGGCCUGGUGUCCAAGACCUAAAAGGAAACUUUAUGAAAACUCCUGAAAAGGAGGCAUGAUGUCAACAAAGAGGCCUCAUGUCUGAGAAUGACAGUCUUUCUCUUUCCGACUCCACCUUU